AUGAUUGAUUUCUAUAUUUGGACAGUCAGCAUCAUACUGAUAGAGUUUAUUAGAUCAACGAUAUAGUGCGAUUCAAAUACAUUGCAAGGAUGCCUUCUAGAUGACACAACCAAGACAACCUAGAUGACACUCUAAGAUUAUUCAGCCUAUGGAUAUGGCUUCUGGUUCUAAUACAUAUCCACACAAACAACAUUAUAUGAGAGCCUAACUACAUUCCCUAAAAUUGAAGGGCUCUUAAUAUUAAGGGAGAUAAAUCCUGAGACUUUAACAUAUAGAGUAUUUUUUUAUUAAGAUUGGACAAACAACAAUGCUAAUUAGGAAAAAUAUUUAUAUUUAUAAUAUGAAUCAAAUGGCUAAAUGAUCUAAUUAGCAAAAUUCGUAUUUGACGCAUUCGAUUUUGAUGGAAAAUGGAUUCAUAUUUAUGUCUCAUAUUAAUUUCCUUAUUAAAGAUAAAUUAUAAUGAAUGACAUUUAAAAUGAUAAUUGUUAAAUCAUAAACUAUGAAACUAGUACUAAUUUAGAAAUGAAGUAGACAAGAAUUAUUCAAGGAGGAGAGUUAAAAUUAUAAUUAAAUUAAAAUGAUGAAGUAAAACAAUUGGCUUAUUAUCCUGGUAGAAUUACGUAUUUAGAGUUUAACUUCAAUAAAAAUAAUGUAAUUUUUAAAACAGUUCAAGAAUUUAAGAUAUUUGUUCAGUAAUAAUUUAUUCCAUACCCAUUUUGUUAUAUUUAAACUUAUGAUGCUUCAUCAAUAUCAAGUUAUAUAUAUUAAUUUGGAUUGAUUUAAUUAGAAUCUUGGGUUAAGGUUGAUUAUAAAUUGGUAAUAUUAUUUUAUAUCAUAGAAUUUAAAUUAUUCAGCCAGUGUUUUUGGAAUUGAAAUAUUAUUUUUGCCUCUAAUCAAUAUCUAUUAAAAAUUAGUUGAUUUAUAGUAUUGUCUUCUUUAAGCAUGGACAUCAAACUUAGCAAAUGGAGUGUAUUUCUAAACUUACAAUUAGAUAAAUCCAGAUUUUUAUCCAAAUCUUUAGCAAUUUAUGGGUUAAAGCGGUAUUGCUUUUCAUACUCUAAAAUAAGAUUUAAGAUAAUGGCAUUAUGUUUCUAUUCUGUAUGGUUUUGAUAAAGCACAAAUUCCAGUUUAAAAUUUGAAAAUGUGGUUCAUAGAUGGGGAUGUAUAUGAAGCCCAAUAUCAUAAUAGAACAUAUCAUUUCGAUGGAGCUAAACUAAAAAUUAGAAGUGGAUUACUUUUUGACGCUGCUGCUGAUGGAAUGUAUGUAACAACAGAGAGUAGUAAGAUAACUGUUUGUCUACCUGAGUCUUUUGUUCUUAUUAAAAGUAUGUUUUUUUCAUUAUAAAAGAGUGUCACUUCAGUUGCUUAGAUUGUAAUGGUCCAUAUCUUAAUUAGUGCAUAAGUUGUGAUUAGAACUCCAAUAGAUAUCUAGAAAAUAGCUAUUGUAAAUGUACUUUAGGCUAUAUUGAAAGUAAUAGUGGUGAUUGUAUAUGUAAUAUUGUUAUCUUAAACUAGAAUUCUUGGAUUUCUAUCCCACUUCUGUAUCAGAUUAUAAUGCAAAGAAUUAAACUCUAUCUUAAUUUGGUUAUUUUUCAAUUAAAGAAGUCAAUAAUGAAAUCAUUCAAAUGCGUUGUCCGUAAUUUAAUGAAAUGUAAUUGGAAAAGAUAAAUUGCUUAGAAUGCUUGACUUAACCAGGAUCAUUUGCUAAUCUAUUAAAAUGUGAAUCCGAUUAUGUUUUUAAUAGUUACGGUUAAUAUGAAUUAAUCUAGAGAGAAGAAAAAGAUAUCGAAUUAUAUGUUCUUGACACAUCAACAUCUUCUCUUACCUUGUGUGUUGGAUGCAAAACUAUAUGUAACUAAAAUAUUGAUUCAAAUUGGCAUUUUCAUACUUUAUUACAAGUAUAUAUAUAAUGUCAACAGCAAUUCUAUUAUAAAAAUGGAGAAUGUAAUGUGUGUAAUUCAAAUUGUAAGACAUGUUAAGAUUUUUCAAUUUGUACAUCUUGUUAUAAUGAAAUGACUUUGAAUCCUUUGACUAAGGAAUGUCUUGAAUGUCCAAAGGAAUGCUUAGAAUGCGAAUAUAAUUCUGGUGUUCAAUGCAAAUAAUGCAUAGAAAAAUACUCAGUGUUUUAAGGAUAAUGCUACCCUUGUAGUCAAUAUUGUUUAGAAUGUUUAUAUGUUUAAAAUCCUAAGGAUGGAUCGUAUUAUAAUAGAUGUAUUAACUGCAUUGAUAAUUAAAAAUAUUAUUUAUCAAUUAAUGCAGUUGAUUGUAUUGAAAAUUUAGAUGCUUAUUGCACAUAUGCAAUCUAAUUUCAUAAAUCCUGGUUUAUGAGAAAUAGAGUAAAUACUUUAUUUCAUUUGUAUGAAAAAGGAGAUUUUAACUCUAAUUAACUUAUGAAUUAUUGUGCCUUAUGUGCUAAAGGAUAUGCUUCAUUACUUUCAGGAACAUGUGUUAGAAUAGAUUCAAUUUCUGAUGAUCUUCAAUAUAAACAAUAUUGUACAUAAAUGUACGAAAUGGAAGUGUAUCAAUCAUUGUAAUUAAAUUUAUUAUAGUACUAAUGUCUAGUAUACACCAACGAAUUCAAAUAAACUCUUUCAGCUUCGAAUGGUUGCGAUUUUAUGUUGUUAAAUUGUGCUUACUGUUUCAAUAAUAUUUGCUUACUUUGUUAUUCAGGAUAUUAUGCUGAAUUAGCUUCUGGUUAGUGCAUUGAAUGUCCAUCAGAGUUGAAUUGCUAUAAAUGUGAAUAGCGAUCAAAGUUAUGGAAAAAUGGUUGGAAAAUUUGGUAUGCUAUUAUUCAUUUCAUGAUGAAACGAGGGACCUUCUAUGACGAUAUAUUUGGAAAUGAAGCAUAAGAUAAAUUAGAAGUUGUUUGUAAGACUUGCACAAUAGAUUUUGAAUUUUACCUAGAUAAAUGUAUCAAGAAAUGUCCAGAGAAUUGUGAGCUCUGUAUAAAAUGUAAUGGAUAAAAUAAAUGUGUUAAAUGUAAAGAGUCCUUAACAAAAUCGUUUAUAAUGAAGUAGUACCAACAACUUGUGUCUUAUAUUUAUUUUGUUAUUAUCAAAUAUAGGUGA